AUGGAGGGAGAAGGCUGUAAUCCAGGGGUACCUUUGGACUCCGGUAACCCCUUACUAAAAGCUGUCUUUCUCCGCCGUUUGCGACUUACGCGUCUGCUCCUGGAGGGAGGCGCUUACAUCAACGAGAGCGACAGCCAAGGCCUGACUCCUCUCAUGGUGGCCUGCAGGACCCAGCAUGCUGACGCCCAGAGCGCCAGCCGAGUCAAACUGGUCCAGUUUCUUCUGGAGAAGGGAGCCGACCCAAACAUCCAGGAUAAGGAAGGUCGCUCUGCGCUGAUGCACGCCUGUCGGGAACACGCCGGUUCUGAAGUUGUGUCUCUGCUUCUGGGCAGUGGAGCCGACAUUAGUCUGGAGGAUCAGUCAGGGACGUCUGCUUUAGUCCACGCAGUCAUGGCUGGAGACUGGAAGGUUCUGAAGCUGUUUCUCGAUACCUGCAAGGCGAAAGGGAAGGAGGUGAUCAUCAUCACGACUGACCAGUUCCCAUGUGGAGAACUCAAAGCUAAGCAGUACCUCGGCAUGCCUCCUCUUGAUCCUGAGGAUCAGACGGACAAAACAGCAUCAGCAGCUCCUGCAUCCCCAUCAGACAUUCAGCUCAUCACCUCCUCCCAGAGCUCCUCUUCCUCCUUAUGUCCUCCAAAGUCUGUCUUCUCCUUUAAAGAGUCCAAGUCCUUCGGCGUCAGCUCCCAUCCGUGUUCUCCUUCACGCUAUCAGAGGAUUAAUGCAGAGGUACCAAAUGGACUGCAGCAGCCUCUCCUGAGGCUGAACUCUGAGCCGUGGCUGAAGAUCCCAGCAGCUCUGCUCACCCAUCAGCAUCAUAAUGAAGGCAAAGAUGAAGACCUCUCAUUCAGAAUCCCCAAACUGGACGAGGAAGGCAGCACCAACUCAACAACCCCCUUCAGCUGGUAUGAAGAACAACUGGAGCGAGACAAAGGCGUAAAACCAGACGAGAAGGACGGAUGUGCCAAAAAGAAGAUGUCCUUACCCGGUCUCCUAUCGUCCCACUCUGCCUCCCACCCAAACCUCCACUCUGGACACCUCGGGACUGACUCCAUCAGAUCAUCGGCCUCAUUUUCUGGUGGUAGAAACCUUAGCACCCAACUCAAAGACAUGGCCUCGUCAAGCCUUUAUAGCAUCAUCCAGAGGCGCAAGCUUGGGGCGGACAUCUACAGCUCUGACCCCCAGCUCGCUCUAGACAUCCAAAAUGUUCCUGAAGAGUCCCAGCUGAAGGCGAAGGACCUCACAGAGACUAAAAGGAUGGCACCCUUGCGCUGCUCCAGCACGCUGGGCUCCAGGGAGUCUCUGUCGACCUCUGGGAGGAAACUGCUCUCUGGGUUUGAGCGCAGAGGAUCAGGAGCCUUCCUGUUUGACCACAGCUCCCAAUCCAGGCCGAGAUCUCUGCCACCUCUUGCUCUUAACUCCACCAGCAACCCCAUCUUUAAUGUUUAUAACCUCAGCUCCAGCAGUGGGGGUGGUUUCUGUGAGAAAGAGUCUGGAUUUAAACAUUUCCUCCCCUCCGCUCCUCCAGGACAUCCCAAAGAGCUGACCAGGAGGAUGCUGCUGAGGAGACACUCCAUUCAGACUGAGCAGUUCAAAACCACAGCUUAG